ACAACAUGCAAGAAUCACCUUACAGUAUGCUACCACCUUGACUUGCCAUUGUGACCGACCAUCUAACGCACGGAGCAGACUAAUAUCGGGAUAAACAAAAAUGUCUGCUAGCGACUCAAAAUUAGAUGUCAGUGAAGAUGAGUACAGAAGAAACCAGAUUGCUCAAUCUUACUCUAAUCAGCUUGUGGCAACACAAAGUCCAAUGCCUGGAACAACAACUGGGAUAUAUUACCCCAACCCAUCAGUACAACCUCUUACCCCCUUGAUGACUCCUAUGACACCACUUUCUGCCGAGGCAUCUGGUAUAAUUCCACAGCUACAGAAUAUUGUAUCAACUGUUAAUCUGGGAUGUAAACUUGACCUGAAAAAGAUUGCACUUCAUGCAAGAAAUGCUGAAUACAACCCAAAGAGAUUUGCUGCUGUUAUAAUGAGAAUUAGAGAGCCAAGAACUACCGCACUUAUCUUCAGCUCAGGAAAAAUGGUUUGCACUGGCGCAAAAAGCGAAGAGCAAUCAAGACUUGCGGCUAGAAAAUAUGCUAGAGUUAUACAAAAAUUAGGUUUUCCGGCGAAAUUCGUCGAUUUCAAAAUUCAGAAUAUUGUCGGCAGUUGCGACGUAAAAUUUGCAAUUCGACUGGAAGGUCUUGUUUUGGCUCACGCACAGUUUUGCAGCUACGAGCCGGAAUUAUUCCCUGGACUGAUCUUCCGAAUGGCCAAACCAAGAAUCGUUUUACUUAUAUUUGUCUCUGGCAAAGUUGUUUUAACAGGUGCAAAAGUCCGGUCAGAGAUCUACGAAGCUUUUGAGAACAUUUAUCCUCUUUUAAAGGGUUUCAAAAAGACAUAGUUGCUCGUUAAGUGUUUAUGGAGAGGUAAUUUAUGAAUUAGUCAUUCAAGCACCUUCAUGACGAGCAAGACACAGCUAGUGGGACGAUGCUUUGAGGAAAGUUGUAUUUCAAAUUAACCUUGCAACUUUAAAACGAACCCCUAGUUAUGACUCAAACUACUUCAUGCUAGCCAUCAUAGCAAUGACUCACCCAUUUGAGGUGUGCUUUGUUUCAAAGUUAUAAAAAAAGUAUUGUUUUACCUAUUAAAAGUAGAGGAAACCAAACGAUUAGAUCUGGACACUUAAUUAAGUAGCUUGAAGGCUUAGACUCAAAAGAACAAUUUUGUCUUUUUGUCUAGCGUUUUUUCUCAUUGAGAUGUGAAGAAGGGGCCUAAGGUUCAUCUUUAGUUCAUAUAAAAAUUUAUACUCAUUUUUUGCAUGGUUGUUCUAUUCAUGUUAUCAUAUUUAUGGAUAUUUGUGUUAUUCACCAUUCACGGUAAAUCGGUUCGCGCAAAUGUACCUUGUCUUUACAAUAUCACAUAUUGGUCAGCUAAUAUUUGUUUGAGUUUUUGUGAUUGCUUGCAUUUUUUGUGAGCAUUAAGCUUUCCUGUCUUUCAAAAAUGCAUUUUUUGCAAUCGCCUUUUUAGUUUUGGUCCCAUCGAUUCUAUAACUUGUUUCAGUUCUUCCCUCGUACUUCAUUCUUCAUUAAUCUUUUUUGUAAUUUUAAAUUUUCGCAAUCAAAAACGCGUCUAUUUAGCUUGCACAUUCGUUAUAUUUUGUAAGAUAUUUAGAGAUUAGAAUGCUAAAAAUUGA